CCGGGAAGUUGAGCGCUGAAUGUCCGCCCCCUGCACCCUGUGAGCGGGCAGCGGACCCCGCGCAACCCCCCUGCUCCACCCGCAGCCUCCCAACAUGCUCCCCCUGGCCGGUGCGCUCCUUCUGCUUCUCCUGCCGCCCGCCUGCCUGGCAUCCAACCCCCGCACCAUCUACUCCAACCACUGGGCUGUGCGAGUACCGGGGGGACCCGAGGUGGCAGCGGAGCUGGCUGCUAAAUACGGAUACCUGAACCUGGGACAGAUUGGAAAUCUGGAGAAUUAUUACCACUUUUAUCACAGCAAGACCGUGAAACGAUCCACUCUCAGCAGUCGCGGGACACACAGCUUCCUAGGAAUGGACCCAAAGGUUGAGUGGGUGCAGCAACAGGAAAUCAAGAAACGAGUUAAGCGGCAUGCUCGUACAGACCUUAACCUCAUGUACUUCAAUGACCCCAUUUGGUCGAAUAUGUGGUACCUGCACUGUACAGAUAAGAGCAGUCGCUGUCGGUCUGAAAUGAAUGUCAUGGCGGCCUGGCAGCGAGGUUACACUGGGAAGAAUGUGGUUAUCAGUAUACUGGAUGACGGAGUUGAGAGGAACCAUCCAGAUCUUAUCCAGAACUAUGAUCCUUUUGCAAGCUAUGACGUGAAUGGAGAAGACCAGGACCCAAGUCCAAGAUACGAUGCCAACAAUGAGAAUAAGCAUGGUACUCGUUGUGCUGGUGAAGUAGCAGCAGCUGCUAAUAAUUCAUAUUGCAUUGUUGGAAUUGCAUAUAAUGCCCGGAUAGGAGGAAUCCGUAUGUUAGACGGAGAUGUAACCGAUCUUGUAGAGGCAAAGUCACUGGGCAUUCGACCGGACUACAUAGACAUUUACAGCGCAAGUUGGGGUCCUGACGAUGAUGGCAAGACUGUGGAUGGACCAGGACCGCUUGCUAGAAAGGCUUUUGAAGAUGGCAUUAAAAAGGGUCGCAAAGGACUGGGCUCCAUAUUUGUGUGGGCAUCUGGCAAUGGCGGUAGAGAGGGGGAUUACUGCUCCUGUGACGGAUAUACCAACAGCAUCUAUACGAUCUCCAUCAGCAGCACCACAGAAAAUGGGUAUAAGCCAUGGUACCUUGAGGAGUGCUCAUCUACUCUUGCAACUACCUACAGCAGUGGAGCCUUCUAUGAAAGGAAGAUCGUAACCACAGACCUUCGACAACGCUGCACAGAUGAUCAUACUGGAACCUCUGUCUCUGCACCUAUGGUGGCUGGUAUUAUUGCUCUUGCAUUGGAAGCAAACCCAUUGCUCAACUGGAGAGAUGUACAGCAUCUCCUUGUGAAGACCUCCCGUUCUGUCCAUCUUCGGGCCCCCGACUGGAGAACAAAUGGAGCUGGACGCAAAGUCAGCCAUCUCUAUGGGUUUGGUUUGGUGGAUGCUGAAGCUAUGGUCGUUGAAGCCAAGAAGUGGAGAACUGUCCCGAGUCAGCAUGUCUGUGUUGGAGCUUCAGACAGACGACCUAGGUUUAUCAGGGCUGAUCAGCUUAUCCGCACUACAACUCAGACAAAUGCCUGUGCAGAUAGCAGCGGGCAGUAUGUUGCCUAUCUGGAGCAUGUGGUAGUCCGUGUCAGCAUAUCUCACCCACGCAGGGGAGAUCUGCAAAUACAUCUUGUAUCUCCUUCUGGAACGAAAUCACAACUUUUGGCAAGAAGGACAUUUGAUUAUUCGAAUGAAGGUUUCAAGAACUGGGAGUUUAUGACCGUACACUGCUGGGGUGAAAAAGCUGAAGGGGAAUGGAUGCUAGAAAUUCACGACAUCCCAUCCCAGCUGCGCAAUCCGGAAACGCAAGGAAAGCUGAAGGAGUGGACACUAAUUCUUUAUGGCACGUCUGAGCAUCCUUACCAUCCCGUCACUGUCCAACAUUCUAGAUCAAGAAUGCUGGAUAUAUCCACUACUGACCUGGAACCCUCUAAAGCUGCUUUGUUCCACAGUCACCUAGAAUUUGUAGAAGAGGAAGACGAAUAUUCUGGUCCGUGCCACCCAGAGUGCGGCAACAGGGGAUGUGACGGGCCUAGCGAGGAGCAGUGUCUGAACUGUGUUCACUAUAGUCUGGGAAGUGUAAAAACUGGCAGGAAGUGCGUGAGUGCUUGCCCCUCGGGUUUCAUGGCAGACGUGGCUGGCCGUAGAUGUCGGCGCUGUUUCAGAGGGUGUGAUGCCUGUUUUGGUCGAGGGCACAACCAGUGCAGUUCGUGUAAGAGAGGAUACUAUCUUCAGAUGGAAAGUAGCUCAUGUACCAUGUCCUGUCCAUCCGGAACAUAUGCAGAUGAAAGUCUAAAACGAUGUCUCAAAUGUCACCAGAACUGCAAGAAAUGUGUUGGCUUUCCAGAUAAAUGUGUAGUUUGCAGAGAUGGAUUCAGUCUUUCAGGGUCCAUGUGUGUGCCAGAAUGUGAACAGGGAACCUUCCACAAUCCUGCUUUUAUGAAAUGUGACAGGUGCCACUCAACAUGCCAAACAUGUGUGGGUUCCGGUAAGGAGCAGUGUACCCAGUGUGCCAAAGACUUUCACCUGCAUGACUGGCGGUGUGUACCUGCCUGCGGACAGGGCUUUUAUUCAGAAGAAGUACCAGGGCUGCCAUAUAAAGUGUGCAGAAGGUGUGAAGAAAACUGCCUGAGUUGUGAAGCCACUGGCAAGAAUUGUGUGAAGUGCAAAGAGGGGUACAGCCUGCUCAGUGGGUCUUGUGUGACCAACCACACGUGUAACAAUGCUGAUGAAAUGUUCUGUGAGAUGGUGAAAUCCAGCAAGCUCUGUGAGAAAAAGCUCUUCAUCCAGUUUUGCUGUCGGACUUGUCUGUUAGCCGGAUGACUCGACUUCUAAAAGGGAAACACACGCCUUGCCUUCGUGGAAUGGCCCCUGCCCAUACACAAUGCAGCCCACAGCGUCCAGGACAGUGGGACAAAUCAUGAUGGCAAUAACCUCUUCUGUGCCAGAAUUGUUUCCCUGGCAAUGAAAGGGUUAAGAGGUCUUCUGCUUCAGAAUCUUCAAUAUGUUACUUGCAGGGCACCCGACUUUCUCCAGCAGCAUGACUUUCCAAGGCUAGUUAUGAUUUGUGUCCUUGAAGUGCAGGAAUAUAACAGAACUGAUCCCUUUACUUUACCCAUAUUUCCUUUUUAUUCUCUUUGAAGCCUUCCCUGCCCCAGAGAAAGAGACCUUAACAGGAGGAGCAGGAACAGCCCGGGUAGGAACAAACUAAAAAGGGCAGUUCCUAUCCAGGGUGCCAUAAGACCUUUUUAAGGGCUAAAUCCAGUUUGAGUCCAGUUUAGCCGCAUGUUGCUCAUUUUUAAACUAUUAGUUAUAAAUGUGCAAAUCUGGGGUGCCUGCAGCCCUUGCAGGCAAGUGUUUGAUGCGGCUGCCUUACAUUGUGAUAAUGGAACACUGCACACCAAUCUGCUUGUGUGUCCCAGCAAAUGGCCAUUAUACAUUAGUAUAUCAAUUAUAGCUUCACCAUUCCACGAUGGACACCAUUACUCUGCACAUGAAAACAUUCUGAAUUUUUGUAAUUUAGUUUUUUUAAUCCCCCUUCUUCCUCCAAGUUACUGCCAUGGGAAUUUAGAAUGCAAUAUAUUUUUAGAGUAACAGCUUGUCUUUUGUUCCAAAGUGCUAAUCCCUAUCUCUGGUGCUUUGAGCAAUGGUAAGUCAGUAGGCAGUGGCACACACACAUCAGAACAUUUUAUAUUCUGGAAUUUAAAUAAUUGAUAUACCAUUAGCUUGAAUCAUUGAAGCAACUGUGUGUAACACUGGGAUAAUGUGUCAUUUCUACUCCUUAUAUAACUAGUGAAAUUUGUCUCGAAUAUAUAUUGUUUUCCAAAUAUACUGUUAAAACUGCAUAAUUGACCAAGAAAACCAUUUCCCACUUUUUAAAUGAAGGUGCCGCCAUGUUCGUUUGCCUGAAUAGGCAUUUCUCGUACUUCUUACUAUGGCUUUCUAAAUAUUUAAGAAUUAUUUGGGGCAUGUAAUAAUUACUUCUUGGUUCCUUAAUCCUCCAUAUUGUUAUAUGCUUAGUAACCUAUACCAAACAUGGCUAAUCCUCACCUUCUUUAUCAGUGUCAGGAAGAUUUCUAAAAAAACGAUUUUAAAAAGAUUCCCAAUAUCAUUGAUCCGGGACUAUUUUCUUUGAUUAGAGAAAUUAUUGUGACUGAUCUGCCAUUCAAAGAGAAUGAUAGAGAAAAUAAGGUGAUAUAGUAUAGUGUACAUAGGUACUAAACUCUAUACAGAUAUUACUUACACACAAAAUAGCUUCCACCAGAUCACCCGUGGAAAAAAGGUAAACUUAACUUUAGAUACUUGCUUCCCUUC